GGCAGCAGGUAAGGUCAAAUGCAGAAGAACAGAGCGGAAGAGGUUCGCUGACAGGUGAAGAAGAAUAUUUUACCCAAACCGAGAACAAAAUGGAAAACAGUAAAACGGUGCUGGUCGAGAGCCUUUUAAAAUGGUUGCAGACCUUCAACACUGCAACACCGUGCAGAACAGUGGAGGAUCUUACCACUGGGGCAGCUAUGUCACAGGCUCUACAUCAGAUAGACCCAGCAUGGUUCAGUGAUAGAUGGUUGAGUCGUAUCAAAACAGAUGUUGAAGACAAUUGGAGAUUGAAGUUGAACAAUUUGAAAAAAAUCCUUCAGAUGGUGGUUGACUAUUACAACGAGGUUUUAGCUCAAGAAAUCUCAGACUUUCCUUUGCCAGAUGUGUCUCUGGUGGCAGAGCACACAAACCUGGAGGAGCUGGGAAGGCUGUUGCAGCUUAUACUGGGCUGUGCUGUCAGAUGUGAGCGCAAACAAGAAUACAUUCAGAUCAUCAUGACAUUGGAGGAGUCUGUGCAACAUGUGGUCAUGACUGCAAUCCAGGAGCUGAUGAGCAAAGACUCUACAGCCCCAACAGGAGCAGAGCUGCCAGGGGUCUUGGAACAGCAGCUGAAAAAAGCCCUUGAAGAGCUUUCUGAACUUCAGCUGGAAAAGGAGGCAUUAUCCCAACGCUGUCAAGAGCUGGACAUGCAGGUGGCUGUUCUUCAAGAGGACCGGAACAGCUUAUUGGCUGAGAAUGAUGUCCUAACAGACCGAGCCGAUCAUCUGGACACGUGUGAAGAUCCAAGCUUGGUCUCAGGCAGAAAACACAACCAGUUACAGCAACAACUCGAGACUCUGCAGGAAGAGAACUUCAGGUUGGAGGCAGCCAAAGAUGAUUACCGGAUCCACUGUGAAGAGCUGGAGAAGCAGCUAAUUGAGCUUCAGCAUCGUAAUGAUGAGCUCACCAGCUUAGCAGAGGAGUCACAGGCUCUCAGAGAUGAGCUGGAUGUUAUGAGGAACUGCUCAGAUCGGGUAGUGAUGCUAGAGGCUUCAGUGGAGACCUACAAGCGUAAGCUGGAGAGUCUUGGUGACCUGAAGAGGCAGAUGAAGAUGUUGGAGGAGAAUAACAUGACCUACAUGCAAAACACCGUCAGCCUGGAGGAGGAGCUGCGUAAAGCAAACGCUGCCCGUUCACAGCUGGAAUCAUACAAAAGACAAGUCCAGGAGCUUCACAGGAAGUUGUCUGAGGAGACGAGGCGAGCAGACACUAUGGCUUUUGAAAUAAAGAAGUUGGAGGAAAAACACGAAGCUGUGAUGAAAGAAAAAGAGAGGAUCAUCAUUGAGAGAGAUUCUCUCAAAGAAAUUAAUGAGGAGCUUCGAUGCGCUCAAGCUCAGGAGCAUCAACUCUACCAAGCAGGGAUGCUUCCUUCUGGCAGCCCAAGCCAUGAAAACCUGGCAGCUGAGCUUUUGCCUGUUGAAUACAGAGAAAAGUUCAUCAGACUGCAGCACGAGAAUAAAAUGCUGAGGGUGCAGCAGGAGGAAUUCGAGCAGGAGAAGAUUUCCACCCUGCAGGCCCAGCUGGAAGAAGCAGAUAAGACUCACAGUGAACUGAAAACUGAGAACAGACUGAGUCAAGAGCGAGUCAGUGAGCUGCAGCAGCAGGUUGAAGAUCUCCAGAAGGCUCUGCAGAUUCAGGCAAUCAAACCGGACAAUUCAAAUCUGAAAAGGAAACUGGAUGCUCACAUGGUCCAGCUGAAUGAGGCCCAAGAUGAAAUCAUGAAGAAGAAAGAGCUGCUGGAGGAUCUUCAGCCUGACAAAACUCAGACUUCUCUGAAGCUGGAAGAACUUACGGCGGCUCUGAAGAAAAAGGAUGACGACAUGAAAGCCAUGGACGAGAGGUAUAAGAUGUACCUGGAAAAAGCUCGCAAUGUCAUACGAGCCUUGGACCCAAAGCUGAAUCCUGCCACUGCUGAAAUUCAAGCUCUGAAAAACCAGUUAAAAGACCGAGACAAACACAUUCUUAACCUUGAACGUCAGUGUGAGCAGGCCAAGUUAAAAGAGUAUGAGGAAAAGCUGAUUGUCACUGCCUGGUAUAAUAAGAGUCUGAGCUUUCAAAAGUUGGCUAUGGAAACCCGUCUUGCAAGCCGCACCUCCUCUGGGCUCUCCCCCAGUCAUUCCUUCUUGUCACAGCAGCGCCAAGUCUCCAACGCCCCACGCAGAACUGCUUCUAUCAACGUGCCUACCUCCACCUCCAAGUAGACUGUGUCAUAGCACCACAUUAUUCAGACAAGACACAAAUGCACAAACCUUCAAACACAUGAGCACUCAAGUGACCUUAUGCACACCUGCUGUCAGCCUUUGAGGAGGGGUCAGGGUUAUUAGAGUUGGAUGAAUGAGCACUUAUCAACAGGAACCCGAGCUUAAAGUGUAAUGAAGUUUUACUCCACUGCAGGACAUUAACUCACCAGCCAAAGCAACACGUGCUGCCCUACGCAUGGUUUUUUAGUGAAUGUCCACUCUGCUCAGUGAUUUUAGCUUUUCCCCUGCACAUAGAGUGCAAUAAUAACCAAUUUAACUUUGUCUCCUUCAUAUAUACACAGUAAUAUAGAUGUAUUUAAUCAGGAAUGAAGAAGAGCACAUAUGUAUGCAAAUGUGUAAAUGUUUUUUUUAAGAAUAUGAACCUGUUAAAUUAAUAUUGUGUAUUGGAAGAGGUGAACUGAAUACAAAAGCCAGCUAA